CGUCUCGUCCUCUCUCAAGUCCAAAACAUACGCCAGUUGGACUCUCCAACCAAACGAUAUGCAGGCCCGCAUGAUCGACCGCUACAUACCUGAUCGCGACAACGCGUACCAACGCAGGUCCGACGCACCACGCUCUUCUUCAACACUCAGUAGUAACCUACCCUGCCGAAGUGCUCCACCAUCCUCUAGCUCCCACAAUACACGCCGACACUCAAUUCAACACCCCUCACUCGACGACACACGCAGCGACCUCGACAAGUCAUUACCGAAAAACUUCCCCCAACCAUUGACCUGUUUCUUCUGGCACCAAAACGGACAAUGCAACAAGCGAGAUAUCGACUACGCGUAUGCACACCACAACACUGGAUUCAUGGCUAGUGCGCCCGUUACUCCACUUGAUUCAUCCAAGGCCCUCGCGGGCAGAAACCUCUCCAAUUAUAACAAGAUCCUCGAUUCCUCCUCUACCCUGCUUCUACCAGACAUUCGUGACCGCAAGGUCGCCGUCAUGAACCGCGAGAUGGAACUGGAAGAGCAGCAGCGUAUGUUCACGUGGCGCGAAAGCGUUUUGGAAGGUAGAGAGAGUGCUUUAGAGAGAAGGGAGGUAGAAGUAGAGGAGAGGGAGAGGUUGCUCAAGUGGAGCGAGGCCAAGUUGGCGAGGAAGAGGAAGGAUGGUAAGAUUUUGGAGAGAAGGGGUAAGAGGAUGAAGGAGGCCUUGGGGAGACGUUGA